UCCCGGAGCCGGGCAAAGGGGCGUGGCUUGGUCUGUUCCUCAUUCCCUCCCAGGGAAACAGCUGCCUCUCUGCCCAGCCCCAGCAGCACCUGCCUCUCGCCAUGGACGGCAGCGGGGCCCCUGCCCUCCCUUCGGAGAUCAGCAGCUUCCUCACAGAUGUUGACACAUUUGUAUCAGAUAUCUUAAAAGGAGAAAAUUUAUCCAAAAGAGCAAAGGAAAAGAAGGAUGCUCUGAGUAAGAAAAUAAAAGACAUUAAGUCCAAUUACCCUCAAGAAUUUUCUGAAAAAGCAGAACUGGAAGAUGGGGAAGAGCUUGAAGGCCCCAUGCAACCCGACAAUCUCUCUUUAGCAUCCGACCGUGGGGAUAAAGAGGAUGAUGGGCCCCUUGAGGGGAAUCAAUUUCUUCCAGUUGCAGCACAGGACCUUCAGGCUGUUGUAAAAUCUGGAUAUCUGGAAAAACGCAGGAAAGACCACAGCUUUCUUGGGUUUGAGUGGCAGAAACGGUGGUGUGCUCUGAGUCGAACAGUUUUCUACUAUUAUGGAAGUGACAAAGACAAACAACAGAAAGGUGAAUUUGCUAUAGAUGGCUACACCGUCAGAAUGAAUAAUACCCUUCGGAAGGAUGGAAAGAAAGAUUGCUGUUUUGAAAUCGCUGCUCCUGAUAAGCGCAUUUAUCAGUUUACAGCUGCUACUCCCAAAGAAGCCGAGGAAUGGGUACAGAGUCUCAGAUUUGUCCUACAAGACAUGGGGUCUGAGGUUAUUCCAGAAGAGGAUGAGGAAUAUGAUGACAUUGGGGAAGCUGUGAUGCCUUCUCUGCAAACAAGAACUGAACCAAUAGAUGAUGACAUUUAUGAAGAGCUUCCAGAGGAAGAACCAACAACAGUCACCAUCAUUCCACGAAAGGAUGAAGAACCAAAGAAACAAAGUCAGGAGGCUGUUAGCAAUGUUUCGGGCAAUAAAAAAACCGAUUAUGUUAAUUUCUAUCAAGGUUUGUGGGACUGUACCGGAGAUGUUCCUGAUGAGCUGACAUUCAAACGUGGCGACAUUAUCUACAUUCUCAGCAAGGAGUACAAUAGAUUUGGCUGGUGGGUAGGAGAAAUGAAAGGAACCAUUGGCUUGGUGCCUAAAUCCUACAUAAUGGAGAUGUAUGAUAUUUGAGAGGCCUGGGUGGACCCCACAAAUUAGAUGAUGACUGGCAUAGAUACCAACACAAGAUGCAAACUCACAAGCGUCUGGUUUUCAUUAAUAUAUUUCAGAUAGAUAGAUAGAUUAUGGUGCUGUUUGAAUUUUUAAAAAAUAUUUACUGUUGUAUGGUGAACUGCCCAUUGUAAUUUUGGCAAUGGGGGUUAUAUGAGAAAAUAUAGAAUCCAGGCAUUUAUUAUCCUUUUGAUAAAUGGGCACAGCAUACAAGAAAUAUAUCCUGAGCAGGACCAGUUACUUUAGCAAUAGGUAGAUGUGGACCAAUUUACAUUCAUUUCUAUGUGAGUGACAUUGAAAAUGUUCUCAGGGCAUUUAUGUUUCUUGGCACCUAUGAUAUGGAUCUCCUGUGUGAAUGUUCUUGUUUCAUAUUUCUGUACUGUUACUUUUUUUUUUACUGUACAUUCAUUAUGCUGAAGUAGGAUAACUUAGGUUCAAAAGUCCAUGACACUGUGAUAGUACACCAUGCUUACAAUAACAUAUACCAGUAGCUGUUUUUAAAAGUAACCGGAGAAGCUUUAUGUUGCACUCCAUUGCAUCAAAUCCUACAUAUUUUUGGUCAAACAUUGUGUUUUUGAAGUAGCAUGAAAUACUCCCCCCCCAUUCUAAAUAUUUUUGAACUUUAACUGUUUUAUUGGUGAACCUAAAUACCCUAAAGGCACCAAAUCCUGUCUGAUCUUGGAAGCUAACCAUGGUCAGCUCUGGUUAGAACUUGGAUGGGCGACUGCCAACAAGUACCAUGUGCUGAAUUUCAGAGGAAGGAACCAACAAACCAACCUCUGAAUAUUCCUUACCUAAGAAAAUCUUAUGAAAUUCAUGAGUCUCCAUAAGUCAGCAGGCAACAUGAAGGUAGAUAAACGCACACACCAUCUCCCCUCCUUCCCCCUUUCUGAUACUAUUGCUUCUAUGCAAUUUGGUGUUGUUGCUUUUGACUGCUACACUGUCAUUCUCUUGAGUAAAUCACAUUGGGUGGUCUUUAGACAAUCAAAAAUCACAUAAAAGAGGGAUUAUAUUGUAAAGAUAAGUAGAAAAUCUGAUUUGGCUACACAAGGUCUUUAAGAGCAAAUACACUCAGUUACCUUUAUAAGCCAAGAUUCUAUUAAAGAUAAGCAGAGCAGAAAGUCUUUCCCUGCCCAGAGUCAUACAGGAUUGCCACAGGUUGCUAUUGCAUAUGCUUCAAUGUCUAUUUGGAAGACAUUAUUUCUCCUUGCAAAAUGAGGUAAUGUUCUAUGAGCAGCAAAAAUGUCAAACUGCUUACACUAUGUAUGGUCCAUUGCAUAAGAGGUUUAGAUCAAUAGAACCUUCACCUUACCUCAAUAGCAACAGCAACAAUAGCGUGAUCAUGAUUAUGAUCAUGAUUCUCAGUUUCAUAGUCAUACCAGAUGUGAACAUCAAUUAUAGUGGUAGAUCGUCAUCAUCACCACCACUACCACUCCUUCAUAAUUGUUGUAUCCCUGCAAUAUAUCCAGGAAUCUGACUGGCAUACAAUAAAAUUAUUUGUAACAUUUUAAAACCGUUUAAAACAGUAACAGUAAUUUAAAUAGGAUAAAAACAUAUUAAACAUCUUGAUAAGUUAAAACAAAACAGGUUUUUAAUCAGUUUAAAGCAAUGUAAUAUAAUUCAGAACUAUACAAAUGCAGAUUUUCCAAACUCUAGUGAGUUUUAUUUUGGGGGGGAGGAGGGGAAUGGAGCUGCUGAAUGCAUUUGUGAAAGCAGUUUCCCUUCAGAAAUUGCUCUGAAAGGAUGCAAAAGUGUUUGCUCAUUCAAAGUGAGAGAAAUUCUGUUCCAAGAAGUAUUGCCUCACUCUGAUUUUAUAUUGUUUGCUCUCUAGCAACAAAUUGUUGACAUAAUUAAAUCUAUAUAGCAUUAUAAUGUUAUGCCAUCCCCAUCUUUUCACUCAAGACAUGCCUAAGACCAUAUCGUAAUGUGGAUGGGAUUGUAACAAUAAUUUUACACAAGCUAUUUGGAUAAUUAGUUCACCAGAAUCUCUUUUCCUAUUUGGAAAUAAGUGGCAUCUUCAGAAAGGCAAGUAACAUUUUUGACAACUCCUUGUUUUCGAGUGGUUUCUUGUCUGUCUGCAUUGUACUCUGAAUUAUAUCACAAAUGACCAGUGAUCAAAAUGUCUGUAAAUUGAUUAACACUGUUUCAGAAGAGCAGCAUCAGUAGAGCUAGUAGUAUCAGAAACGUUCACAUCUCUUACUGAAAACACCAUAACUUUUGGUGGUUUGCCAACUCAAUAUAGAAAACUGUUGCCUAAGACCAAAACUAAGCAGAAGCCUUUUCACAGUACACACAUAUAGCACUAUGAUUCCAUUUUUAUUGCCAUAGCUGCAUCCUAUGGAAUCUUGGGAUUUGUAGUUUAGAGAAGGGCAAUUAAAAUUCUCAGCCAGACAACUCUAGUCCUCCCCAAACUACAAACCCCAGGAUUCCAUAGGAUUGGCAGUUAAAGGAGAAUUAUUGUGCUACAAUUGUGCAGUCUGAAAAGGCCCAAGAAUGUAAUUAAUAUUACCAUGCCCAUGCAAAGCAUUCAUAUGUAGAACCAGUAAUACCUGAUACUGUUGACCUGGGAUUUUGGGGUCAAUUUUUGGGCAUAAAUUUUUAGAUGUAUAGAUGAGUAUAUAUGGUAAGUCUCCAUGAGUCCCUCAGGACCUAUGUCUGAGUAGACCUGUAUAGGAUUCCAUCGUUCCUUUAAAAUGAAUGAGAUCAUUAUAAGGAUUCCCAGUCCCUCCAUAGCAGAGAAGCAUUCAGUGCAUCUCCCUCCUUGCUGGUUAAACUUGUACAGUCCUGGAACAUUUUUACGAAGUGAUGAGCUCUUUGCAUAUAUACCAUGGCAGAGCCUUCCAUUUCAGUAGCAACUCAAAAUAAUAAAAAAGAAAGAUAUGAGUGUCAUUUAAAUUCAUCAUGAGACUUUUAUUUAAAGAGAGGUGGUUUUGGAUAGUCUUUACGGAGAUUAAAUCAUUCUGCAGUUUUAUGUGCCUGAUCUAAAUCCCCGAGACACAAUGCUUUUCUUUUUUUAACAAACCAGGAAUUACAUCACUCCUAUCUUGCAUUAAAUAGGGCAAAUCCAGAGAGAGUGGACCUUUUUUUGUUUUACCAAGGUUGGCCAGUAGAUGCCAGUAGACUUUCACAGCACAUUGGACUGCUAGGAAACCCAUCCCCCAGCAGUGUUUGUCAUGCUCAGAUGAAUCUUUUAGAGCCUAAAAUAUUUGGAGGGACUCUUUUCCCCUUUUCAUGUAAAUCCAGGAGAGGGAGUCCUUAGCUAACUGAUGAAUGACAGACCCUCCAAAUCAUUUUUCCUAUUGAUAGUGUGAGAGACGCAUUUUUAUUGUUUUCAUAACCUUUUCCUCACAUAAUACAAAUGGAUAUGUUUAGUACACACAAACAUGCACAUAUAUAUUAAAAAUGAGGAUGUUUUUCAAAGGUAUGAUAUCCUCACCUUCUAAUCAGAGAUGGUAUUGGAAUAUGUUAGCAAAGUGAAAUGUUUGCUUGGAAAUCCUGACAAAUACCAUAACUUUUGGGUGGUGGAAAGAGAGGGCACCCUGUUAAUGUGACUGCAGUAUGUGUUAAUUGCUUUAUUCUCGUUGUUUACUUAUAUUUCCUUUGCGUUCCUCGGAAUACUGAGAGAGCUGUUUUCUAAGACAUAUUUUAUGUAGCAUUUUGCUUGAUUAUUUGUUCUGUACUGGAUUUGUACUAUAUACUGCUGUUAAAUCUUACACUAAUGUUCCACGCUGCAAAUUUUUAAGGUUCAAAUAAAGUUUAAUUGUUUGCAAA